AUGCAUACAGCCACAUCAACAACAACAACAACAACAACAACAAUGAACGACGAUGAACUGGAGGAAUUAUUUGCCUUUAGUCAGUACACUGCCACUGCCGCUACACCUUCUUCUUCUUCCUCUUUCUCCACAUCGGCCGGACUGCGGGAAAAUUCCUCUAUUAACACUAUUCGAACAGAAAAUAACCGAAAGAAGAGUAAUGCACCUACUACCACCAAUUCUCUGCCUGAAACCCUGCAACUGCCACCGGAUAAAGAAGAAAAACUUUUUGAUUAUCAGAAAGAGGGAAUUCAUUGGCUUUAUGAAAGACAUCGAAAGGGUCGUGGAUGUUUGUUGGCAGAUGAAAUGGGACUUGGAAAAACGGUUCAGGUAUCCACUUUUAUUGGUGCUCUUUAUAAGCAUAAAUAUGCUACGAGUACCAUUAUUAUUGUACCACCUACUUUAUUACCUAUAUGGGAAUCUGCAUUAUUGGAGUGGGGAUGUUUAAAGGCUCCAAUUGUGGAAGUUAUUCAUAAUGAUCCCAAAGCAAAAAGAUUACAACGUUGGCGACGUCUUAAACAUGGUACAUCUUGUAUUUUUCUAACUACAUACGGUGUACUACGUCAAGAUAGUGUCGCUAUGGGAGUACGUAUGGUGGAUUAUGUUAUUAUGGAUGAGGCACAUUUAAUUAAAGAUGCCUCUACACAAACUUUUCAAUGUGCCAUGUCACUCUCAUCUCGACAUCGUAUUGCUAUAACAGGAACUCCAUUAAUGAAUAAUUUUGAAGAUUUAUGGAGUAUUUUUCAGUUUGUUGAUGGUUCUAUUCUUGGUAUUAACCGAUCAGAUUUUCGAUCUAUUAAUGCUCUUCUCUUGCGUGGAAAUGAACGUGAUGCCAUUGAAAAGGAACGUUGUGAUGCUGGUAGGCAACUUGCACUUAUUCAAGAUGCUAUAAGACCAUAUAUGCUACGUCGUGAUAAGCGUCAAGUUCGGACGCUAGAAGUUGAGAAACGAGAUUUAGUGGUUUGGGUACGCCUAGACAAGAUACAAGAAGAACAAUAUAUCUCUCUUAUUGAUAGUGAUCGAGUAGCGAUGACUUGUCGAAAUCCAGAUAAUUCACAGUCACUUGUUCUUCUUACAUCAUUAAUGAAAACUUGUGAUCAUCCAUGGUUGAAUCUAAGUGAUGAGGCGUAUCGAGAGGCAUUUCAAUCUCCAUUUACACAUUAUACUGUAGAUGUAGAUUUUGGGGAUAUUUUUAGCAGCUCAAAAAUUUCCUCUGCUCUUGCGUUAGUUGUGAAAUGCAUUAAUGAGGGACGUAAAACCCUUAUCUUCUCUCGAUCUAAACGACUUCUUGAUUUAUUUGCCAUUGCCCUUCAUCUUUGGUGGAUUAACUUUGCCCGUCUUGAUGGGGAUGUCCCUGUGGAGACCCGAGUGGAGACGAUGCGUCACUUUAACGACACAGCAGGACUGUGGGUGUGUUUGUUGACCACACAAGUGGGAGGUGUGGGACUCACGGCGGCGGCGGCCUCAGCGGUGGUGCUGCUCGAUCCAAGUUGGAAUCCCUCCACAGACGCGCAGGCCAUUGAUCGCGUCCAUCGCAUUGGGCAAACACGCGAUGUGGUGGUCUAUCGCCUCAUCACAUGCGGUACGGUGGAGGAGAAGGUGUAUCGUAAUCAGGUGUUUAAGGGAAUGGCCGCUCGCCAGGGAACGACAGCCGCACAGACAGAGAAGGAGAAGGAGAAGGAGAAGAAGGCAGAGUUCUAUCGAUACUUCACACGACUGCAACUACGGAGUAUGUUUGAAUUAGGCACACGAGACAGAAGUGAGACGGCAGCCCAAUUGGAGUGUUUACAUCCCAAUACCGUAUCCACAGAGGAACGGGCAGAACUAACAGCAUUGCCGUUUGUGUGUGAUGUAAGCAAUAACAGUUGUGUGCAUGUGGAAGCGGUGGUGGAGACAGACGAUGGAGAGAUGGAGGAGAGUGGGCUAAGUAGCACAAGCCGCACGGGUGUAAAGCGUAGACGACAAGCAAGCUCAAGAUCCUCUCUUGCGAAGGAGCAACGACAAGAAAUUCUCAGUCAAGAAGAGUUGUCCGACAUGCUUCUUCAAUUAGAAGAUAACAGCAAGGAGAGUUAUUCAGUGGAUGAGUCUAUGUUAACCUAUGAUGAUUAG